AUGAUAUUCCCAGGACUGAACCUCAAGUAUCAGUUCUUGAAGCAGUAUAUCCAUACCAUCAAGAAAUUAAUUAAACGCCAGAGGCAGAAAGUUAAGGCUGAGGAUAAAUACGCCUUAUCAAUCCAGCUAGAUAAGAGUGAUUUCUAUCUGAAGCAAAUAGCCAAGGAUAAAAACAACAUCUUUAGGGCAUUUUCGGAUUCUUUAUUCUUCUCCCAAUCCUAUUAUAAGGAUGUGAAGAACAAGCUCUACUCGUUCAUUCAAAAGUAUGCCAAUAUUUUCAAGAAUCUUCUUACCUUCAUUGACUCAAGAUUUGAGUCUGCAGAAGAAUACCUUGAAGAGAUUGGCAGAGGUAAUAAAGAACCGGAGAUUACCCUGACGAUGCUAUCUUUUAUCUAUAACCAGAACUUGGUAUUGCUCUACUCAGAUGAGAACUUCAAUCUUAAAAAAUACAAGCUUGAAUUUGGGUUUAAAGAGACUACUUUUAUAAGCAUCCUUGACAAUUCUGGUCACUUCAAUACUGUAUAUUCCAAGGAGUAUAUCAAAAACUGUGGAAUGACCCAGACUUUGAUUAUAGAUAUUAUAGGUAAGGCUCUCCAAGAAAAUGAUGAGGACCCUGAAAUCUCACCUGCCUUUACCAAAAAGAAAACCCAUUAUAUUUAACAAUGAUUAUAAUACUUGGAAAACCAAGCAGAUCGAAAAGAAGAAGGAGGAUACUAAAAUUGAAGAUCUUGAUAAGCUAUCAGAGACCAUUAAUCCGGAAUACUUAAAAGACUCAGCCCCUUCUGUUGAAAAUAGUCAGACUGAUUUAGUUCCUGACAACUCUGUAAACUUGCCUGGAGUAAACAAUAUGAAUUUAGGUUCUUUAUCCUUCGUGGGAGAGCAUGCUCCUAAAUUUCCGAUGGCUAAUCCUCCAAGUAAGAACACUACUUUUGAGCUUCCAAAACAAAAUCCUCAAGGCUUCAAUAAAAUUUCUGGUGGAAACCAAAGCAGCAUGAAUAUGCCAGGACAUAUGUCAGGAUAUAUGCCGGGAAUAUCUCCCCCAAUACCUGGAAUGACUCCUCCAAUGUCUGGAAUGAUGCCGCCGAUGCCAGGGAUGCCUCCUCCAUUUCCGAGGAUGACUCCUUCAGCUCCUGGAUUCUCACAUACGAAGUUCUCUGAGAUGCAGGGUUCGUAUCCUCCUUUUUCAUCAGCUCCAGAAUACCAAAUGUCUUAUCCUGGAACUCCGAACGGAGUUAUCGAGCUGACACAAGCUUCUGGGAGGUUGAAGUUCUUUGAUGAGGUGCAGAACUAUGGAUUCCUGGUCGUAGACCAGGACCACUCAGACUUAUUUGUGCACUACGACGACCUGAAGUCUUCCAGAAUCUCGAGAGAUGUUUUACGCCAGGCAAAAACCAGCUACUUUCUUCAGUUCACCUUCGACAUAGUUAAAUAUUCUGGGAAAUACAAAGAGUCAAAGAAGGCAGUGAACUUGAAACUAGUAAAAUUUGAGAAGCUUGGAUUGAUCAACUAAACCUGUGUAAUGCUCAAGGGAGUAUAGCAUAGUCACUUACAAUACUUGUGACUUCAAAUCGUAAUACUCAAAACUACAAUUUACCUUACAUUCAUACUAAGAAGCUUAGUGC